AUGUCAGACCAAAUUACAUUAGGUAGAUAUCUUUUUGAAAGAUUAUACCAAUUACAGAUCCAAACCAUCUUCGGUCUCCCCGGAGAUUUCAAUUUAUCCCUCUUAGAUAAAGUCUACGAAGUUGAAGAUGCCCACGGAAAAGGAUCCUUCAGAUGGGCCGGUAAUGCCAAUGAAUUAAAUGCCGCCUAUGCCGCCGACGGAUAUGCCCGAUUGAAAAAAAUCUCCUGCUUAGUCACCACCUUCGGUGUGGGGGAAUUAUCGGCCUUGAAUGGUAUUGCUGGUUCUUAUGCCGAACAUGUUGGUGUUUUGCACGUGGUUGGUGUUCCUAGUGUUAGCUCUCAAGCUAAACAAUUAUUAUUACAUCAUACUUUAGGAAAUGGGGAUUUUACCGUUUUUCAUAGAAUGUCAACUAAUAUUUCUCAAACUACGGCAUUUCUUUCUGAUUUAUCUAGUGCUCCUAAAGAGAUUGAUCGUUGUAUUAGGGAAUGUUAUACUUCACAGCGUCCGGUUUAUUUGGGAUUACCUGCCAAUAUGGUAGAUUUGACGGUUUCGGCUUCCUUAUUGGAUACUCCAAUUGAUUUAUCGUUGGAACCUAAUGACCCAGAAGCUCAAGAAGAAAUAUUGGAAUCGAUUGAGAAUUUGGUUAAUAUUGCUGAAAGACCAAUUAUUUUGGUCGAUGCUUGUGCUGCAAGACAUGAUUGUAAACAAGAAGUUAAGGAAUUGAUUGAAGUCACUCAAUUCCCCGUGUUUGUUACUCCGAUGGGUAAAGGUGCGGUUGAUGAAGGUGGAGCAAGUGGGAAUUUGGUAGAAGACGAUCCUGAUUUAGUUUCAAAAAUUGCUAAAAAAUUAACUGAAGGUAAAACCGCUGCUUCUAGAUUUGGUGGGGUUUAUGUUGGUACUUUAUCAAAACCUGAAGUUAAAGCUGCUGUUGAAAAUGCUGAUUUGGUUAUUUCUUGUGGUGCGUUAUUAUCUGAUUUUAAUACCGGUUCAUUCUCCUAUUCUUAUGGAACUAAGAAUGUUAUCGAAUUACAUUCAGAUCAUACCAAGAUUAGACAAGCCAUCUUCAAAGAUGUUAAAAUGAAAGAAUUGUUACGUCAUUUAAGUAAAAGACUCGCACCAGUUGUCGCCACAAGUCAUAAAGUCCAACCAGUUCCAAAGAUCAAAAUGAUAAACACCCCAGCUCCAAAACAUACAAAAUUGACUCAAGAAUGGUUAUGGACCAGAGUUAGUUCUUGGUUUAGAGAAGGUGAUGUGGUUAUUAGUGAAACUGGUACUUCCUCAUUUGGUAUUCCACAAACCAGAUUCCCCAAUAAUGUGACUGGGAUUUCUCAAGUCUUGUGGGGAUCAAUUGGAUAUUCCGUUGGUGCUACAUUAGGCGCCGUAAUGGCUGCCCAAGAACUCGACCCCAAGAAGAGAGUUAUUUUAUUUGUCGGUGAUGGGUCAUUACAAUUAACCGUGCAAGAAAUUUCCACCAUGAUUAGACAUGGUACUACUCCAUAUCUUUUCGUAUUGAAUAAUGAUGGAUAUACUAUUGAAAGAUUAAUUCAUGGUGAGAAUGCCGGAUAUAAUGAUAUUCAAAAUUGGAAGAAUUUACAAUUAUUAGAUACUUUUGGUGCUCAAGAUUAUGAAUCGGUUAGAAUUUCAACUAUUGGUGAAGCAGAAGCUAUUUUCACUGAUAGGAAAUUUAACGAGAAUACUAAGAUUAGAUUAAUUGAAGUUAUGUUACCUAGAAUGGAUGCACCUAAGACAUUGGUUGAUCAAGCUAUGAUCACCGCCAAGAUCAAUAAAGAAGGUUAG